GCCAGCCUGGGUGCGACCUGAACAGGCCUGAUCCGCACGCUCCAGUACUGGCAGUCCCCGACGUGCCACUGUCCCUCUUUCUUUCCUUCCUUUGUCUCAUUUCCCCAGCCAUGUGCUCUCCUCUGAACAAUGCGUCUCGCACACGUUCAUGUGCGGUUUGUUGCUUGAGCGGCUCUGGGGUAGCAGCGGCGGUGGGCCAGGCGUGCUAGCGUAUAAAUAUGGCGGACAUCGAGGACGUGUGCCCAAUAACAGGAUCAUAACCCGCUCGCGUCCAUCUACCUCUGCCCCGACGCAGGCGUAAGCAAACACGGACACUUCACCUAGCCACUCGUGAAACAGCAAAGCGUGAACGCUGUCAAACAUGGUCGAAGAACCCUUCGGUUUCGAAUACGUGGAGCGCCGUCCGUUGGACGAUGCUCGCCGCGCGCCAGCUCGUAAUGCGGGCGACUCGCUCACUGAGCUCGAGGGUCAGGUAGCGACUUUAACUGCGGAGCGCAACGAAGCACGGGAACGCGCGAAGAGGCUCCAGGAAGAAGUGGAAGGCCUAAGACGGGAGAGUAGUACAGGAACUCAGGAGCGACUGGCGCUCCUCUUUGAACGUCCAGUCGCUGAGAUACAACGUCAUGCGCGACAACUCUUGGACGAAACGGCUACGCGGAUCAUUUCUCAGCUCGAACACGAGCGAGAUGAGCUCAAGCACCAGUUGGAAGUCGCUCAGGAAAUUAGUAACGACGCUCAGGCAGCUAACGUAGCCGCGCAAGAGGCCAAGAAGGCAGUGGACCAGGAGCUCGCCGCCAGUCGCGAAGAGCUGAAACGUUGUGUUGACGAGCUGAACUCGGCGAAAGAACGCUACUUCGCGAUGAUUCUCGGGCUAGAGACCCUCAAGGAGAUGGGAGAAGAACAAACCAGGCUCGCCGAAUCCCUCACAGCCGGUAUCACGGUGCCGUCAGGUCCGUCAAUGGCGUCGUACGAUUGUGCGGGGAUUCCCGACGCUCAGUUGUUUUCUCUUCUACAUCAAUCGCGUCCGGCACACACGCCGGCAGUCAGGCGUACCACGAAUGUGCAAUCUUCCCGUGAGCCUGAAACUUGCUGGAACGAUCUCCCAUGGUGUAGCAAGGUGGCGGUCGUAAUGAUGGCCCUCCUGAUCGUUGCGUUGUCGGCGUUCGUGUCAUUCCUGGUGCUGUUCAAGCUCGUACCGGCGGUCCUGGCGGCGCUGAUGGCCCUGAUCUCUUUUGUGCUCGAUGGCCUCAGCAAGCUGUGGCGCGCCCUCGCUGACGUCGGUGCUGGGCACUGAAUGCUCUUACUCGUCCCUUGGUCAUACACCCCGCGUCUCUCUUGAUCCCUAAUUGUGUGCCAUAGUGAUCGCCUGUACAUCAGCGUCUCCAGUGUUUGUAAUGUCGUAUCCGAAAUCGGCCCUCGUUCGCAAUGUCAUCGUGUGUCUCAUGCUUCUUCGCACUGCACAUCGGGUGCCUCGUGAAUAUUCUCCAUCGCGUCCGCAUCGUUGACGGUGCCGUGCAAUGCAUAGGGGUCCCUAUAUGAGUCAAUGGGUGAAGCAAAACAUCGUCGAGAC